AUGAAUUUAAUAAUUCAUCGUGAAACUCAACAAUAUUACACUUGUUUUGGACGAAUUCACGUUCAAACUGCAUUACUAACUAUUAUAAUAUUGACAUUUGGGUGGAAUAUACUUCGAUGGAUUGAUUUAUUUUUACGUCACGAUUUCGUGUUUGGAUGGAUAGAAAUUUUAACUGAAGUUUGUGACGUUUCCCUUGAUAUUACAUUAAUUAUUGCUUACUGUUAUAAAUCAUCAUAUUUAUUGCUGCCAUAUCUUUUCUUGCAGUUAUUGGCGUUGGUGGUUUCAAUGAUUUCGUUUUGUAUUUGUGCCUUGACAGUAAUAUGGCCUGAAAAUCCAUGGGUUUCUAUUGUUUACACUGAUGAAUCAGCAAAGACUUCCAAAAUUAGAGUGAAAGCUUUCAUUUAUGGCAUAAUUUCAUUCGCCUUCUCCUUAGUGUUGAUAUGGGUCAUUCGUAUUUUACUUUCAUGCUAUGUUUAUUUUUCUAAUCAAAAAAAUGCUGCAGCAAAUAUUGCUGUUGCCACUACUCAGAUUAGUGGGUCAAAUGAAGGUGUAUUAAUAUCGUCAUCAACUGGAUUAUCUUGUACUAAUAAUGUUACAACUAAUGCUCCAGUGAAAUCCACUUUGGCAGAUGCUGCCUUUCCUAAUCCAAGUUUUUGCCUAGAAGACGAUGAUGAUGAAGAUCAACUCUGGCCUCAAACAGAUAUCCAAAACAGCUUGAACUUGAAUGAGUCUAAGAAUCAAUCAGUGAGUUUACCGUUGCCAAUAAAAAAUUAUGAAAAGUGA